CUAGCGGCCGCAGUAACUAGAGGCAGAGGCGGUGGUGGCAGCUCCUCCUCUGGUCACCCUCUUCUUCCCCUAGCCCGAGCUUUUGGAGGUAACCGAGCACAGGAUUCGAACUUGCCACCCGGACUCACCCCAGAGAACAGGAGAUUCCAGAUCGCUAUCCCGGGGACCAGGCAGCGGCGCUACCAUGCGGGGCUGCGAGAUCUCCCUGGUCCUUUUGGUCCUGGUCCUCUGCGAAGCUCCCUGGGGGGGCGCGGCUCCCUUGCCCUCAACUGGCGUGGAGAACCUGAUGGCCAAGAUAUACCCGAGAGGGAACCACUGGGCUGUUGGACACUUAAUGGGGAAAAAGAGCACUGGAGAUUUGCCAUAUGCUUAUGAAGGAGAGGACAAGAUACAACUUUCACCUGUGGUACCUGACAGUUCCAAGCCACUAAGUGAAUUCCUACAGUGGGAAGAAAUGGAGAAGAAUUUACUGCCCUUGUUAGAAGGAAAGGGUAGCAGAAGCAGUGAGCUACUUCGGCAUAGUCUCCUGGGCUACCCUCAGUCCACUGGGGACUUACACAGUGAUGACAGCACUAAAGAUAUGGUGGAAUCCUUACUUCAGGUUCUUAACAUGAAGGAAAGCAUCCUGAGCUGAACUGGAAAUUCCCCCCUUUCAAAGAAACUAUCCUUAAGAGACUAUGAUCUAUGAGCAUUGAUUGUAUCAGACAACAAUUUUUUUUGCUUUGUGUAAACAAGAUUUCUUUUGUGCAGAUCUUAUCACUUUCUUGUAUCAUUUCACCUUGAUGAAAUCCAUGUUUUUUCAAACAGCAUUUUGUUUGAACUACUUUGCUGUAAAUAAUUGUUGUGGAAAGACCUUCUGAUCUAUGUAUUUUUCUGAUCCAUGUGUCCUUUAGUUUGGAGACUCCUGAUAUGUCAACAUUCACAAUAAAAAUUAAAAUUCUUUUGA